UGCGCACUAGUUCAAAGCAUUGUUGUUUCUUUUCAGCAUGGCACUUAGCAAAACGUUUGGACAGAAACCUGUGAAGUUUCAGCUCGAGGACGAUGGAGACUUUUACAUGAUCGGAUCGGAGGUGGGAAACUACCUGCGCAUGUUCAGAGGCUCGCUGUAUAAAAGAUACCCGUCGCUAUGGAGGAAACUGGCUUCAGUAGACGAACGGAAGAAAAUAGUGGAGUCGUCACACGAUCACGGCUACACGCAGCUCGCCACCAGCGUGACUCUGCUGAAGGCGUCGGAGGUGGAGGAGAUCCUGGAGGGAAACGAUGACAAGUACAAAGCCAUCUCCAUCAGCACGGAGCCCCCGGCCUACCUCAGCAGGGAGCAGAAGGCCAAGAGGAGCAGCCAGUGGGUUCCCACGCUGCCCAACAGUUCCCACCACCUGGACGCAGUACCCUGCUCCACCACCAUCAACCGCAGCCGGCUGGGCCGCGACAAGAAGAGGACGUUCCCCCUGUGUUUCGACGACCACGACCCGGCGGUGAUCCACGAGAACGCCACUCAGUCCGAAGUCCUGGUUCCGAUCCGUCUGGACAUGGAGAUCGAGGGUCAGAAGCUCAGAGACGCCUUCACCUGGAACAUGAACGAGAAGCUGAUGACCCCCGAGAUGUUUGCUGAGAUCCUUUGUGACGACCUUGACCUGAACCCUCUGGCCUUCGUGCCGGCCAUCGCCUCCGCCAUCCGGCAGCAGAUCGAGUCGUACCCGGCGGAGGGCGGCGGCGUCCUGGAGGACCCGACGGACCAGAGGGUCAUCAUCAAGCUCAACAUCCACGUGGGGAACAUCUCCCUGGUGGACCAGUUCGAGUGGGACAUGUCGGAGCACGAGAACUCGCCCGAGAAGUUCGCCCUGAAGCUUUGCUCCGAGCUCGGCCUCGGGGGGGAGUUCGUCACCACCAUCGCCUACAGCAUCCGGGGUCAGCUGAGCUGGCACCAGAGGACCUACGCCUUCAGUGAGAACCCGUUGCCCACGGUGGAGAUCGCCAUCAGGAACACGGGCGACGCCGACCAGUGGUGCCCCCUGCUGGAGACGCUGACGGACGCCGAGAUGGAGAAGAAGAUCAGGGACCAGGACAGGAACACCAGGCGGAUGAGGCGGCUGGCGAACACAGCUCCCGCGUGGUAGAAGAAGAAGAAGUGGCGUCGCCGCCUCCUACAGGACGCCGCUCGUCUGGACCGAGGCACGACCGCCGUCACAAAGAUGUCUCUCCGCCGCAAGCCGGAUCUUCUUUAUCCCUCCCGCUCAACCGGUUCUCAGUCCGUCGUUCACCGUGUUAUUCUUUCUUAAUUAUUAUUAUUUUUUAUUGUUAAUAUGUUCUGUAGAGAAACAUUAGCCCCGCCCCCCUCGCCGUGACCACGGACUCUCUACCUGACCAGAGGGAGAACGGCCACACAGCCUCAGAUAAUAUAUAUUGUUAUGUUGUAUUUGUUGUCUUUUUGUACAUUUGAAUAAUUCUUACAAAAUAAAAUAAAAAGAACAAAAAAAGGUAA